AUGUAUUUCCCAAUCAUUGUGUGGUUAUAUGUAUCAAUCACUUUUGUGAUUGCAAAUUAUGGUUUUGACCAAUGGACAAAUGAUGAUUUAAAACAAUUUUUAAAAGAACGUAAAGUUGCCUUCAAUGAAGCCUUGGAGAAUCCAAAAUUAAUAAGCUUGGCUAAUGAAGAAGCUAAAAAGUUGGAAAAAGGAUACAAGAAAGUCACCGAUGAAUUAAAUAACAAUUUGAAUCCUCCCGAUAAUUUAUUAAAUGAUUAUUUAAAUUUUGAUUAUUUGUUUGGGAAAAGAAAGGAGAAUUAUUCCAUUAAAGAAUGGAUUUUUGAAAGUUGGCCGGUACACAGUUUGCAAUCUUUCUUAACUCAAAAUAAUAUCCAGUAUCACGCAAAGGAUACUAAAGAUGAUUUAAUCAAUAAAAUUAAGGAGAGCUUUGAUUCUAUUUCUGCGAAAAACCACGGGUCGAGCUUUUAUCCUGGCAAUUGGUUAUAUGAAUCAUGGUCAGAAAAUGAUUUGAAAGAUUGGUUAAAAUCCUAUAGGAUUGACUUUAACCCUAGUUCUACCAAAGAUCAAUUGGUUGAAAAAUUAAAAGAAUUUAGUUAUCAAGCCACUCAUUCAAUUAGAGACUCCAAGGAAUCUUUAUUUGAUUCAUUGGAUUUAUUUGAUAAGACAAUUUUUGAUAAAAAAGGUCAAAUUGAGGAUGAAUUUUUUGAAACUUGGUCAUAUUCUCAAUUACGUGAAUGGCUUUAUUUGCAUGGAUUCAUUGAUACCAAACCAGGAAUUUAUGUUGAAGAUUUGGAUAAGGAAAAAUUAGUCAAGAUUGCCCAAACCUAUAAAAAAUACUUGUUGAGUGAUAUCCAUACUUGGUUAGCAAACACUGAAAAGAAAUAUCAACCUUGGCUCACAAAGGGAGAACAAAAGACUAAGAAAAAGGGUGGCAAUUUGAUUAAUGACACUUUCUUUGUUGGUAUUAAUAAUUGGUCAAAGGACAAGUUGCGUGAAUUUUUGGAUGUUAGAAAAGUUCCUUACUCAAUAUUUACCACUAAACAUCAAUUGAUCCAGUUGGUGCAAAAGCACAAGUUUGAUCCAAUUCACGUUGAUACAUAUGCAUGGAUUGUUAAUGAUGUAUCCACCGACUCGAUCAAGCAAUGGUUGGUUGAACAAGGUGAAAAUGUAGAAGGCACAAGAAAAGAUAUUGUAUCUGCCUUCCAAAAUCAAUUUGAAACUUUAAGAAAAGGGUUUAAGGAUGCUUUCAACAAUAUUGAUCUGCAAAUUCGAUUAUUUACACCAGAUAUCAAUAGCUACAAAAGGUACUUGCAGAAAAAAUUGAGUGAAGCUGAAUAUAAAAAGUUGACUGAAGACAAAAUUUCAAAAGGUUUUGAGGUUGUUCAAGAAUACUAUAAGCUGGCUGGUGAUGCUGCGAAGGAAGAAUUUGAUAAGACAGCUUACUCAGCUGAGGAAGCAUUGGAUCAAAUUGAGGAAGCAUCAUAUGAGUAUUCACUUGAAUUUUUGCAUAAACUUGAAAAGGGGGAACAUGAUGUUGCAAGUUUCAUCAAAGAUGCUCAGAUUGCUAGUAAAAGCUAUGCUUUGUCUUUGAUUGCCAAAUUGAGAGAAAACACCCAAAAAUUACAAACAAAUGCUUUGAAUAAACUUGGAAGUUGGUGGUAUGGUGCCAAGAGUGGAUUCGACAACAAGAUUGAUGAGGCACAUCAAGUUGUAUUGAAUGUUCAUGAUCAAGUCCUGAAUUAUCAAGAACAAGUUGGGAACCAAUACCUGUCUAUUAAAUCUGAAGCUGAUGAGAAAUAUAAUUCUAUUGCAAAGGAGGCUACUCAACAAUACGACACGGCUGUGAAAAAUGCCCAGGAUCAUUUCAAGCAGGCAGAAGAACAUGUAUCUCAAACUCACAAAAAGCUUGAAAAAGAUUAUGUGACUUACAAGUCAAAGAUUUUCUCUAUCCUUACUAACGCCUAUCGUGGUAUAUUGUAUCGUCUUUCGAUAUUUAAUAGCAACGCAUAUGAUGCGGCAAAGUCAACAGGAGACAUAAUAAACAAUCACUGGGAUAGUAUCGUUAGAACUUACUCAAACGCAGAUUUGAAGGCGUAUCUCAGAUCAUUUGGUUACAGCUACGACUGGUUGUCAGAUUUAAACAGACGGGAAUUGUUGAGCUUGGCAACUUUCCAAAACAAAUUAUUUACCGGAUACAACAACUUACAAAACUGGGAAAAAUCUGUUGGCGACGUUUUAAAUGAGGCUGGUGAUGAAUUGAAAAUUAAAUUGGGAUUGAAGAAAGAACCCAAAAGCUUGAUUGCAAAAUUGAAAUCCUUAGUUGGUUUUUAG